AUGUACAGCAUCGAACAGCUGUUUAAGAAAUCCAUAAGAUUAGUUUGUAGCAAACAGCUGAGUAAUGCCAGCUCAUACAAAUAUCACAUGCAACUACAUUCAGAGAACACCCCCUUCAAAUGUGACGUUUGCGGCGAAUGUUUUAAAACGCGUAACGCUUUUGUGGGUCAUCGAUUAACUCAUGAUCCCGACAAUCCUAAUACCUGUGAUAUAUGUGGGAAAUCGUAUCGUCAAGCCCCAUCAUUAAGAAUUCACAUGCUCUCUCAUACUGGAGAAAAACCCUUUAAAUGUGAAAUCUGUGGAAAAUGUCUUACUCAAAAAUCGGGCUACAAGAAGCAUAUGCUAACACAUACUGGUGAGAAGCCAUACUCCUGUGACAUUUGUGGCAAAUUGUUCCGUAUCUCAAGCAAUAUGUUGGCCCAUCGCAGAACCCACUCCAGCGAUAAACCCUAUGAAUGCUUGAAGUGUGCAAAAUCGUUUGGCACUUCCGAACUACUCAGACGACAUGUGGCCGUACAUUCCGAGGAGAAAUUUAAGUGUGAUACAUGUGGUAAAGAAUUCAAAAGGCAAUUGUCACUACAAGCCCAUAUUGAAAGUCAUCGCGAUGAGGUUAAUUCUCAAAAAGUUGUGAAAUCAAGCGUUUCACAAUUUGUGUAA